AUGGCUCCCAGUUUGAGCAAAGGUGGUUCAAAUGCCACUGUUCUUGCUGAUGGAUUCAGCAAUUCAUCAAUCACAUUAGAUGAAGAUAAUUUCAUUGUCAACGAUCAUGUUUUUCUCUCUGAAGUUCCGGCGAAUAUCACUGCCACACCAUCACCUUACACCGCCGGUGAAAAGUCCGUAGCAACCUCUCCGGGAUGCUUUAUGGGCUUCGAUGUGAAGGAGCCAGAAGGCCACCAUGUUAUCCCAAUUGGGAAGCUCAAAGAUAUCAAAUUCAUGUCUAUUUUCAGGUUCAAGGUCUGGUGGACUACCCACUGGAUUGGAACCAAUGGAAGGGACCUUGAAAGGGAAACACAAAUUGUCAUUCUUGACAAAUCGUCCACUGGCAGACCCUAUGUUUUGCUUCUUCCACUCAUAGAAGGGCCUUUUCGGGCUUCACUUCAGCCCGGAAAAGACGACUACAUCGACAUCUGCGUCGAAAGUGGGUCGAGCAAAGUCACCGAAGCUUCAUUCCGGAGUGUUCUCUACAUGCACGUCGGUGAGGAUCCGUUCAGUUUGGUGAAAGAAGCCACGAAAGUAGUUCGAGCUCACCUUGGAACUUUCAGGCUCCUGGAGGAAAAAACUCCACCAGGUAUUGUAGACAAAUUUGGGUGGUGCACUUGGGAUGCUUUUUAUUUGACUGUUCAGCCUCAGGGCGUCUGGGAGGGUGUAAAGGGGCUGGUGGACGGCGGCUGUCCACCGGGGCUGGUGUUGAUCGACGACGGGUGGCAGUCCAUUUGCCACGACGAGGAUCCGAUCACUUCCGAGGGCAUAAAUCGGACAUCCGCCGGUGAGCAAAUGCCAUGCAGGCUGAUAAAAUUCGAAGAAAAUUACAAAUUCAGAGACUACGUGAGUCCGAAUAAGGGGGAGGGCAUGGCAGCAUUUAUAAGGGACCUCAAGGACACCUUCGACAGUGUGGACUAUGUGUACGUGUGGCAUGCCCUGUGUGGGUACUGGGGUGGGAUUCGACCCGAUGUUCCGGGCCUGCCGGAGGCAAAGGUGAUUAAACCCAAGUUGACACCUGGAUUAGAGACUACUAUGGAAGAUUUGGCUGUUGAUAAGAUUGUGAACAAUGGUGUUGGAUUGGUCCCACCAGAGAUUGCUGAUCGUAUGUAUGAAGGUAUACACGCUCGUCUUGAAUCUGUCGGAAUUGAUGGAAUCAAGGUGGAUGUCAUUCACCUAUUGGAAAUGUUGUGCGAGGACUAUGGUGGGAGAGUCGACUUGGCCAAGGCUUAUUACAAAGCCUUGACAUCUUCGGUUAGGAACCACUUCAAAGGGAAUGGUGUGAUUGCUAGCAUGGAACACUGUAACGAUUUUAUGUUCCUUGGAACCGAGGCCAUAUCUCUUGGCCGUGUUGGUGAUGACUUUUGGUGCGUUGAUCCAUCUGGGGAUCCCAAUGGCACAUUCUGGCUUCAAGGGUGCCACAUGGUUCACUGUGCCUACAACAGCUUGUGGAUGGGCAAUUUCAUCCAUCCUGAUUGGGACAUGUUCCAAUCUACCCAUCCCUGUGCGGAUUUUCACGCCGCCUCCCGUGCAAUUUCCGGCGGACCCAUAUAUGUUAGUGACUCAGUGGGCAAGCACAAUUUUGAGUUGCUCAAGAGCCUGGUUCUGCCUGAUGGUUCCAUCUUGCGCUGCGACUACUAUGCCCUCCCUACUCGUGACUGCCUCUUUGAAGACCCCCUCCAUGAUGGGAAAACCAUGCUAAAAAUUUGGAACCUGAACAAGUACACUGGAGUUGUGGGUGCCUUUAACUGUCAAGGAGGAGGAUGGUGCAGGGAAACAAGGCGCAAUCAGUGCGCCUCCCAGUAUUCCCAUGUUGUCUCGUCCACGGCCAGCCCCAAUGACAUCGAGUGGACACAUGGCACAAACCCAAUUCAAGUUGAAGGAGUUCAAGUAUUUGCUGCCUAUCUGUUCUGCGAAAAGAGGCUCAUACUAGCAAAAUCAUCGAGCGCCAUUGAUAUUUCACUCGAGCCCUUCAAUUUUGAGCUCAUAAUAGUCUCUCCAGUGGCAGUUUUGGCGAACACAUCCAUCCAAUUUGCUCCGAUUGGUCUGGUGAACAUGCUCAAUACUGGUGGCGCAAUUCAGUCAUUGGAGUUUGAUGAUGAUGAUGAUUCGGUGCAAGUUGGUAUCAAAGGGACGGGCGAAAUGAGGGUUUAUGCAUCACAGAAGCCAGUAGCGUGCAGAAUCAAUGGGAAAAAUGUGGCAUUUGGCUACGAGGAGUACAUGGUUAUAAUUCAAGUCCCAUGGCCAGACUCUUCUGGGAUUUCUGUUAUUGACUACUUGUUUUGA